AUGGCCAUGGGCUCUCAAUAUCGGAUCCGGCAUGUGCGCCGCAAUCCACGCGGCAGCGGUACGCCGUGUCCUCAUCUCGUCGAGGAGCGCGCUUGCUCGGCCAUGUGUCACUCGCCGUGCCCAAGCGAUGUGCAAGAUCCAGCCCAAGUGUGCGACCCAACGCUGAAUCCCUGCGCGUUUGCGCAGUGCGGUCAGGAGGGCACUUGCCACAAUCAGGCGCUGUGCCGUUGUCGGCAUGGCUGGUUGGGAGCCCGUUGUCAAUGUAACGCCACCAUGUGCCUUAGCCUCUCGGCUGCCACCUGCCACUCCAAUGGCACUGUCGUGUGCGACAGUUGCCCAGAUGGCCCGCUGUGCGAAAGUGCCGUGCCCACCUGCACAACUGAUGCAAGUUGUGGCCUCGGCACUCUUUGCAAUGGAGUUGCAUGCGUUUGUGAGUAUGGGCGUUCCCAGAGUGGCACUUCAUGCGAUCGACAACUGCCGGCCUUGGACCCAGCCAGCACCUGCCAAAAUGCUACGACUCCAGCCGUCUGCCAACCUUGGCGAUACGACCUGCCUCGGGGAACGCUGGCGGGUCCAGGCGUCGUGGUCGCCUGUGCCGCAUCUAGUUGCUGCUUUUCGCCCUGCCUUGAUGAUGCGGCUCUGCAAAUUCAAGCGAGAGACCUCAUUCCACCUGGCCAGGGUGGUCCAGUUCUCGCAUUCCUGAGCACGGGGGUCCCUGGGCUUGUCUCAAGGCCCAUGUCUAUGCAUGCCGUGGAUCCUCGAAGCAGCGCGCUUUGGCAGCUGCCCAUGACUGCCAGUACCCUCUUUCGUUUACCCAUCGACACACAGCGUGCCACCUUGUGGGCCGUCGAAAUGCCCAACGGCCAGCGCCCGCUGACUGUGCUGGCUGAGGCGACACGGACCGUGCUGCAAGUGCAAACAUGGAACAACAACGCCACAGCCCCGUUGUCCAACAUGCGGGUGUCGGCUGUUUUCGAUGAUCGGUGGCAUCACCUGAGCGUGCGAUUAGAUAAAUUCAAGUUGACGCUGUGCCUGGACAAUCGCGCUGUUGUGACGUUGGACGGGGACUUUCGGGGCAGCCUAGACGCCGACAACAAAAUUGUGUUUACAGCCAGCAAUGUGACCCAAGCCGUCGGUGUUCUUGAUCUGACUAGCUGGCGUUUGCUGCCCGGGCGCAGUAGUGCGGAGGGAGCGUUUGCCCCGCUUGACCUUCUCGUACUCACUGAGCUGCGCGCGGUACAGGAGCGCACCCCAGUGGCCUUGACCGGACACGCGUACUCGACUGGGGCAGGAGCGAUCAAUCUCAGAGCCGGCUUUCGAGUUGACUUUGCGUUUGAACAAGAGGCGACGCAGGACACCGCCGUUCUUAUGGCCAAACACGAUCGCACAGGCGGCAUACUUUGGGCCAUCUUUAUCAGCCAAGCUGAGCAUCGCCUUAUCUUCUACUAUCAUAUCGAGGCAACCUACGCAGCUGGCAGCAACAUGUUGUCACGUGUCUACACACUGCCGUCUCAGAUGCACACUCAGCCGAUCACUCAGCACGCCCAUGACUCUGCCGAAGGAUUCUGGCGCGUUCUGCCACGCUACCUCCGUGCAGAACAACAAACCCACAUGGGUGCGCAUCGUAAUAACGACAGUAACAUUAACGUCAAAAGACCGAAGACGAUCGACACGGCUGCCCAAACCGAUCCAACCGUUCAAGUCGCCCCAACCCUACCCCAACACCACGGGAAACAGGUGCAAGCAAAGCAAGCAGAGGAGUUUGUUUUCGUACUGGCUAAGUCUUCUAUACGAAGCACUUGGACAGUCAUGUCGAUGCCAGGACCCGCUGCUGGCGUUUGGGGUCCCACACACGACAUCAAGAAGACGACAUCGUUGCUCCGUUGCUCCGACAUCCAGCAAUGA